AUGUUCUUUUACAUGAGUAAAGGAAUAAAAAGCAUGACACCAAGUUCUUUGUCCCCGCAUUACACGGCUCAAUCUCCUUCAGGACGUAAACCUGACUUGGUAGCAAAGGAGGUGCUGGAAUGGUGGCAAACCAACGGAAAGCACCCGUUCAUCCAGCCCCACAUCUCGUCACCGAGUAAUGUGGGUGCGAACUCGCCAGAGAACUUACCACUAGGUGAUAAGGUCCAGCUCAUUCGACUACCAGUAGCUUCACCGUCAGCCGUUAAAGAGUUCAGUCAGGUUAGCAGUGAAGAGCCAGCACAUCUCACCACAGUGGGAUUGUGGAACUGUUUUAUGGCAGAAACACAAAAAGAACCCGACGAUCGCUGGAAAAUAAACUCACGUAUAUUUCAAAGCAAUGUUAAUAAAGAGUCUAGCUACACCUUCAGCUUAGUCAAGGACAAUGGCAAUUUGGUUGCGAGCAAGAUUGAUUAG